AUGUCGAGCAUCGUCGAUCCCGCAACGGGACGGCCCCUCCCCGCCGACGCCAUCCAGCGCGUCCUCUACAUCUGCCAUCCCGUCCACGUCUACGCAAUCCCUCCCCUGAUGUCCAUGAAAGGCUACACCGCCGCGAACUGGACCGUGCCCGAUCCCCGAAACGACGGCAAAACCAAAGAAAUCUUCACCGCACGCCUCCGCAUUCUCGAAACCGCCAUUCCCGUUCCCGCCAAUCCGCGUACCCGGCCCGGAAGACCGGCGGAGGAGACGCAGGAGCAAGUCAAGACGGAUAUAUUACUGGAGGAUUCGAGCACGGGAGAUCUGUUUGCUGCUGCGCCGUACACGGAUGCCGGUGUUGUGGAGCAUGCGAUUGACUCGUCGCGGUUUUUCGCCGUGAGGGCCAUGUUGGGGAUUGGCUUUGAAGACCGGAGUGAAGCGUUUGAUUUUGGCGUGGCGUUGCAGGAGGCGAGAAAGGUACUGGGGCUUGAGAAGGCGGGCGGAGAAGUUGGCGCGGAUGCAAAGCGGGCGCCGAUGUCGAGUUCUCAAGCCGGAGCGGGGCGGCGGCCAGGAAUGGCUCCUGCGAGAGGCAGGGUGGGAGCACCUCCCGGAAUACGGCAGCAGGGACAGCAGCAGCAAAGUCAAGGAUUGCAGCAGAAACCUGCCGAUACCAGGCCGAAGGACUACAGCUUGAAGCCCGGGCAAACAAUCACCGUUAACAUUGGCGGUCGACAAAGAGCUCCCAACCCGCAGGCUACUGAUGCUUCCAGUCAGGAGAAUCAAAAGGCUCUGUUUUCUAUCCCUCCUCCCCCGGGAGCGGCGUCCUCUGCAGACGGUGGCGCCUCAGAACAUGACUCCCCUCAAAAUACAUUCUUCCUUCCUCCCCCUCCAAGUACGAGAGAUACGCGAACAGAUCGGCGGAGAAGGGCCCCCUCAGCCUUAGAAUCCAAGACGACAGAGGAAGCAAAACAGAAACUCGACUCUGCGGGGUUUGAGGAUGAUGACUUUGGGGACUUUCAAUGA